GCUUUACCCUCUUAAAUUUCACUUCAAGUUUUGAUUAUACGCCUCUGAGACAAGCAAAGGUGACUGCCGCUGUGGUUGAAUUGUUUCAGACAAUUUUAAAGAAGGGUAACGCAAAUUAUCAAAAGGCUCUAACGACGAGUG